AUGGUGGCAACCUUCAAGAUCGCCGUGCUGGGAGCCCAGGGCGUGGGCAAGAGCGCCAUAGUCCGGCAGUUCCUCUACAACGAGUUCAGCGAGGUCUGCGUGCCCACCACGGCCCGCCGCGUCUACCUGCCCGCCGUCGUCAUGAACGGCCACGUCCACGACCUGCAGAUCAUGGACUUCCCCCCCAUCACCGCCUUCCCCGUCAACACCCUGCAGGAGUGGGCGGACGUGUGUUGCAGGGGGCUCCGGAGCGUCCAUGCCUACGUCCUGGUCUAUGACAUCUGUUGCUUUGACAGCUUCGAGUACAUCAAAACCAUCCGCCAGCAGAUCCUGGAAACGAGGGUCAUCGGCACUUCGGAGACACCCAUCAUCAUCGUGGGCAACAAGCGGGACCUGCAGCGGGGCCGGGUGAUCCCCCGCUGGAACGUCUCCAACCUGGUGAAGAAGACGUGGAAGUGUGGCUACAUCGAGUGCUCGGCCAAGUACAACUGGCACAUCCUGCUGCUCUUCAGCGAGCUCCUCAAGAGCGUGGGCU